AUGGAUAUUUCCCAAUCCCUUGCUAACGCUCAAAGUGAUGCUCAGGCCUACGCCUCCAGUAACGCUCCUGGUAGCCAGGAGGCAUCGCCGACUGUUCAUGGAACACCCGGACCAGAGUCAUCUGCUGCAGAUGUCUCAGCGGAGGAAAGCACACAGGCGAAUGGAAACCCGACCAACGCUCCGGAUCCGAUCUCAUGCCAGCUGUGCCAUAAGACCUUCACCGUGGCUAGUAGCCUCAGCCGUCACUGGUCUGUGCACCUCAACAACCCCCCCGAAAGUGAGGAGGACCGUGAACUCUUGAAACGUCUAGCAGCCAACGCUGGGAAGUUCAAAUGUGAAAGGUGCAAUCGUUACUUCGGUCGCAAAGACCGCCAUCGCGACCAUAUCAAGAUGGACAAGACAAAAGAUGAGCUAGCCCGUAACGGGAACCUGGCACCUGUCGCGCCAAUGUACGUGGAAGAUGCUCGUACCACUUCCAUCGACCAGGAGGUCCCAACCGCCACCGAUGCUGCUGGAGUGCCCAACAGUGCCACCACGAUGGCACUUGUUUGUACCAAUUUCUGUGAGGGAGAAGGUCAGAGAAAUGACCGCCAUAUUGGUUUGGAGGAGGUGAAGGAAGCUGGAUCCGGUAAUACCGCGUUGAGCGACAAUGUUUCCGACAUUCCGGUUGUCUACCCGAUCUCGACCGGAUGGCCAGGCUUUACUACUACUGCCGGUAGUAACAACAACUUCGGAAACGAGGAGCAGAGGGCCCAAUAUUUUCGUCAAGAUGCUAAUGUCCUUGGCAACAACCUUUUCGCCUUCGAUAUCUUCGGUAACGGCGGCCUAUCCCGUAGUUUUCCCCCCGCCAAUGAUGACGACUACGCUGGUGGAGUCUUGCGUCGAUACCUUUUCUCUGGAGAAGAAGAACACUUUAUACAACCUGCGUGA